AUGUUCAAGUAUAUACGCCAACGGCUGGAAUCAGGCCGUAGCGCCUCCGACAUUCAUUUCAGCAGCUUUGUUGAUUGGAAAAAGGUUUCCUAUUUCUAGAAUUAUCUUUUUUUUUCCAUUUUCAAAUUAAUUGCAUUGAAAAAUAAGAUUCCACACUGUAUAUCAAAAAUAUUUUUGAAACCUUUGGACAACACGUCACAAAGAAACGAAGUUCUUGAUUUACUUUUUGCAGAGAAACUCUUAUCAAAGUUCCUAUUAACAGAAACUUUCUUCCACAUUGUCGACUGGGAACUCUUAUCUCGAAAAACCGUUUAGCUCUUAGUCAAUAUUAUUCUCACGAGUUUGAGAAUGAAAUCAAUGAAAUAACUUCCAGUCAAACCGGUAUGGGUUUCCUUACAACACUUCAUGUAUGGCAUACGACCCGGUUCUCAAGGUGCUUGCCCUCGGAACCAAAGAAGGAGACAUUGUUCUGUGAGGAUUACAUCAAUAACACGAACAUUAUCGCAUAAAUUUGCAGAAGUGGUUAUCCUGGCGUCUUCUGGGAAGUUACUGUCAGCGGCAAAGGAGCCGCAAAAGAAGUUAAACAGUUGUAUUUUAUGAAUGGCACCGGGUACUUUAUCGCUCUUUUCCGAGAUGGCGGUUUUACUAGAUAUAAAAUAAACGGUUUUUGCUUCCGUUUUCGAAAUUUACUGUUUUUCAUCAGGCUCAAAAAUACGGGAAGAUAUGUCGACGAUCGACGCGCGCAUGAAAAGUGCCACAAGCUGUCACAGUGCUCGCCGUUUCCCAGAUGAAUCUCCCAUCAUUUACAUAGGUGUGCCAGUGUUUUAUUGCAGUGUUUUUCAAAUUUCUUCUACUUCAGGUACCGUAUCAGGAAACGUUUAUUCUUUGCUGCCCUCCACAAUGGAAGUUCACGAAUUUUUCACUUUUGACAAUGUUCGCAGAGAGUUAGUUUUCUCAUUUGUAGAUUUUGAUACAAAACAAUCAAUGGUUAAAAAAAGCAUUUUCAAAAGUAAGAUGAAAUUGAACGUUUUUAGAUUGGAAAGCGACGAAGAAAUAAAAAACGCUCUUGCCCAGUUUUCGUCGAAAGUUUCCUCACUCUGUGUAAAACCGGACGAUCCAAGUUUGAUGCUGAUAAUGUUGGGUAGAUCCGUUGCUUUGCUGAUGAGUGCCAAUCACAUGGUCGCCAGUAUACGAGUUCCUGUAGAAGUUAAUGUUAGUUGAUGAUCAAGGCUGACACGGGGAUCAUGCAGAGUCAGCAACCGAGAUGAUAAGUUCGUGGAAAUAGAUAAAAUUUUGAAUACAGCUGAAAAAAUUGCUAUCCAUUUCUAAUAAAGUCUUUAGAACUUUGAUUGCGUGGUCUCCUGUUUAAGAAAACUAAAACUCAUUUCGUAAAUAAAAUCGCGUUUUCAGGAUGUGGUUUGGGACAAAAAAUCGGAUAACAUCUUCAUGGCUCAUACAGACGGACAGGUUUCGAGUUUUUCUUUCUCGCUUUAUUAUUUUUUGCAGUUCACCACAUGGAAGGCCAAGACGUUCUACACCGGAGGUCAUUAUUUUGAGAAACAAGAAACGCACGAACUGUUCGGACCUUAUCCUUGUGACGAGAUGACUCGUCUAGCAGUUUUGAAUAACGAAACGUACGCUCUUUUUCUGAGAAAAAAUAAACUACAAUAGAGUUUCUCAGAAGAACGAAUAACAAACCUCAUAUUCCACUAGUGGCCUACAUGGGCGGUAUGGAACGAGCCAGUUACAUGGAAAAAAAGAUACAGUGACAGUUCGGCACGCGGGAAAAGUAAAUAAAAAAAUUCAAUUCAAAUUUUUUUAAAAAUUUUUUUCAGACACUUGUCUACCAGUUCGCUUCGAAGGUUCUUGACAUUAUUGGCGCAGAGUGUUUGGAAGGUUUUCGUUUUUCAAAAUGGAGCCUUUGUCACCUCUAGUUUCAGAUGGAACCAAGCUUCGGAAAGAUGUUCUGUUAGUUUUGACUGAAUAUGAGCUGGUUGCUAUCGAUAUCGCUGACGAGAGAUGGCGGGCCAUGACUCAGCAAGUAUUCUUCCCUUUGAACGCAUCGCCGGUAAGAUAUUUUCUGUAAAAUUUCAGCGACUCACUACUUUCCCAAAUUUCGAAUUGAACAAAAAAUAGUGGUUCAGAUCACUGCUCAGCUGACAUGCUCAUCAAUAGAAGAGCACGUUUGGAGGUCGCUUUUAAAGGUGGAAAAAACUUCUAUUUUGAAAAACCAUAAGUUCAGAUGAGUGAAGUCUACUGGAAACAAAAAGAUCUGUCGGAUAGACAAUACCCAAUGACAGCUGGCAUGGAAAGCAAAAUUUCCGCAGAACGAGAUUCCCGAGGAGUUAAUCGACAACUUUUUAUAACAGGGUUUUAUAAGAAUUUCUAAGUAAAGCUCAAUUCGUUUCUUUAGACAUUUUGACGGACGUGUGACUUUCUGGGCGACAACACCAUACAGUAUGCGGCAACUUUUCAUCCUUAAAACAAGUGAUUUAUUCAAAGACGAGGAAGAGAAGGUACCAAGUUAUUUAAUACCACUACUUUCAUUCAUGUAGACUGUGACCGGCACGCUAUCAUCCAAGGCCUCUGGAAUGUCUUUACCCGUUAUGGAGGUUUAAAAGCAGAGAUUAUCAAAAGUUGUAAAACGAGUUCAUACGCAGGUUGGAGAGUACGACGAGUACUGUGACGAUGAGCGACUUUCCAUUGUUCUCUUGAAUUUCGACCCAAAGACUGGCGCUUUCGUAUGUACCAAUAGAUGUGGAGCUAUACUGGUCUACUCCUAUUAUGACGAAGAUGUGGUAUGGUUUAUUUUUCACUGCAAAAGUUCGAUGUUAUUUGAAGUGUUUGAAACUCGAGUCAAAGACCAUAAAAUGGGAACUAGAAGGUACAAAGCCUAACCUUGCCAAAGUGCAGCCUCUGUAUCCGCGCAGAGAAGCCGUGUAUUUUCCCGCUGGCUAUCAACCGUUCCGAACAGGAUUAGAUGCGUAAGGGAAUUGUUUCCCUUUUCAUUAUCUCGACACAUUUUAUAGGAAAUAUGUGCAACUUGCUCCUUGCGUUCCGAUCAAAACUCUCUCGUAUCAUGCGGAUCUUCAUAUGCUGGCUGUUGGAAGCAUGUUUGGAUAUGCACUUCUUGAUUAUCGCAAAUAUGCGGUCGUCGAAAAUGUUUUUCUUGGAGGUUUGUUUUGAGAAUGAGAGCAAACCUAUAAAUGACUUUCAGACAACGUGCCUGGAGAUGCUUUGAACAUGACGCUCAAUCGUUUUCGGUCGAUGAAAAAGUCUAUUCGACAGACUUUCCGCAGAAAAAACAGGUCCAGUACUCCAAACACGGUGAGAGACUAAUUAUAUCUUUGAUGAAAAAUUAACAAAAUUUGCAGACGGUAGACAUUACUUCCGAUCCUGAGGAGACAUUCCGGCCUGUUGAAAGAAAAAUUGAAGGCAGAGCCACGGCUUCAGGUACUUUGAGGGAAAAUUUCAACACCAGGAAAAUGUUUUAUAGAUGGACCACCUCCCAACUACGUCACAUGCAUCAAAGUCCUACGUAUACCAACAACGAACCCGGCUUGUGUAAGUCAACUCACGGUCUCACUUAAACUUGGUUCAAAACACUAUUUUUUUUUCUUUUUUUGUUAACCAAUAAAAAGCCCGAGGCAGAGCGAUAUAUAUUUUAGUUAUGUUCAAACAGCCCUUUUUUCUUAUUUCCUGCUCUAUUUUCAGCUUGACGAUGUUGUCGCGAUCGGAACCAGCCAGGGCAGUGUUAUCAUCUACAAACUCCACGAGCCAAAAACGGCUAUCGCAAUUACUGCGUAUAAGGUUUGCAGAAAAUUCACUCUCAUUAAAAUAAAUUAUAUAUUCAGUGGAGAGAAUUGCGACUGUCCCAUGGAGCUCCGAUUGUUGAGAUUGAUUUGUCUUGUGAAGCCGGAAAUGUAUAUUAUUUUUCAAAAUCAGAAAAAAAAAAAACUGUUUCCAGUCACCCUCACCGCAACAAAGGUUGAUGGUCUUUACCGAGGAACAAAUCAGAGGUUUUUCUGUGCCGGACUUGCGAUCGACGCGAAUAAAGUACAAAAUAACUUCGGUUGAAGGCACGCGAAUCAAGAAUGCUGCUGUUGUGAAACUUCCAUUGAAAAGAGGUCCUUUCUACAAAAUUUCGAUUCUAUGAAAAUGAUUAUUCUUUAGAUCCUGGCGAGCACGAUAUGUUUGCCUGCGUCGUGACAAACUCUGGAACUGUCAAUAUCCAUUCCCUAUCUUCUCCCAGAAAACGCGUUGAGCAUGAAGUUUUCAAAGUAGGACUUUGACUGUUUGAAUGGCUACAAAACAUCUUUCACCUCUAGAAACAAAUGAUUGCAAAGAACUUAACUUUUUUCAUGAAGAUUCUCGAUUGUAGACUUUCAGAAUAUUUUUUCUAGACCAAAAUAUUCAAAAAAGUAGAAAAAAAAGAACUAAAAAAAACAAAAAAAAACAUAGGUUAUAUGAAUUCAAAUCAUUUUAUUCCAGCCUUCCGACAUCGCCGGUAUGAACUCCGCACAAAUAACGCAAGAAGGCGAACUGAGCUAUCUUGGCUACGGAGGACAAGAACUUCACAAAGAAGUCAUAUCCGCUCAUUCGCGAAGAUGGCUCGAACCAAUGAAGGGCGUCGUUUUGGAAUCUUUGAAUAGAAGUUAA